AAGUCAUUUCAAAAACAGUUUUAAGUAAGCUUUAAACAGUAUUGAAAACACUUGAAAAGACAUUCUGUUACGUUUGAAAGAUGUUCAAGCCCAAAAUGUGUCACUUGUUGUUGAUCGGCAUUGUAAUUUGUCAGUUGGUGGCGAAUAUCGAAGGUUCAAUUGAAUCGAUUUGCGGACGAAAUAAUCGAGAAGACAGUUUGCCACAGAUAUCGGAAUCAACAUCUUCGAUCGAUACAUUGGAGAGUUAUAACGGGAAUGUCACACCACACGCCCAUCAACACAUACAUGCAUACUCAGACUCAUCAGAUACUGAUAGUGACGACUAUACUGACGAUGUUUCACAAAUGUCAGAUACAUCUGUCGGUGAACCAUCUGGAGUGCAAGAGUCAAUUAAUUGGUCUGAUUCAGCUCCAUACCCUGCCUCAGUUUCAUCAGCUCCGUUUCCAAGAACAGGCACUCCCAAAGCAAAGUCACCCAAAAUAUCUUCCCCAAAGUCAUCUAAAGGAACUUCGCACCAGACUUCCACAUCAAAGGCAACAUCAAAAGUGCCCACUUCGAAGGCUUCUUCACCGAAAAGAAAAAACGGUGUACAAGGCAAAAUUGCAAUUUUCGAAGCCAUGAAAAAUGGUAGCCAAAAAUAGAUUAUUUACUCAAGACUUUGCAAUUUUUUUAAAAAAUAAAGUUGAAUAUUAUGAUGAUUUCAUUUUCUCAUGCUUUUGAAAAUAAAUGAAAGAAGAUAA